GGAAUCAAGGUAUUUAAAAAUAUUUAUUUUGAAAGGCGAGUAUAUUUGACUCGCUUUACUUUGGUAAGCUAAAUAAUGAUAAAUUAGCAAACAUACAUAAGUAGACCUCCAUGUGUAUAAUAACCGACCAACAUGGAAAGCGAAAACUGCACCGUUUUAGUAUGUACUAAAAUGGUUUAUUUUAAUAAAUAUAUUGAAUAACUGGUUCAUUGGAAAUAUAUACUACAAUAAGAUUUAAAAAAUGAAUGCGCAAGUGGCUCUGCAUUUGAUUAGAGUAUUGGAAAAAACGGUUUCGCCAGAUAAAAAUGAACUUUUAUCUGCAAAGAAUUUCUUGGAACAAGCGGCCGAAGAAAACUUACCUGAGUUCUUAAAAGCUCUUUCGGAUAUAUUGGUCUCUGUGAACAACAGUCCAGUAGCACGUAUGGCUGCAGGAUUACAACUUAAAAAUCAUUUGACCAGUAAAGAUGAGACUGUCAAUCAACAGUAUCAGCAACGAUGGCAUCAAUUUUCAGAAGAUACUCGCGAGUACAUAAAAAGAAAUAUCCUCGCUGCUUUGGGAACAGAAAAUACUCGGCCUUCCUGCGCUGCACAGUGUGUUGCUUAUGUAGCCGUCACAGAAUUGCCUCUAAAAGGAUGGCCUGUUCUUAUUCAAACAUUAGUCAACAAGGUUGUGACUGAUAAUUCCAGCGAAAUUGAUCGUGAAGCAGCACUGGAAGCUAUUGGAUACAUUUGUCAGGACAUACGUUAUGGCGUGUUGGAACACCAGUCGAAUCAAAUUUUGACAGCUAUCAUCCAUGGAAUGAGAAAGCUGGAGCCGAGCAAUCAUGUCCGACUAGCAGCAACAACUGCUUUGCACAAUUCCUUAGAAUUCACAAAAGCUAAUUUUGAAAAAGAUCUGGAAAGAAAUUUCAUAAUGGAAGUAGUAUGCGAAGCAACUCAAUCUCAAGACACACAGGUUUGUGUAGCCGCCCUACAGUGCUUGGUUAAAAUUUUAACCCUUUACUAUCAAUAUAUGGAACCUUAUAUGGCCCAAGCUUUAUUCCCUAUUACUUUGGAAGCUAUGAAGUCAGAAAACGAUCAAAUAGCUUUACAGGGAAUUGAGUUUUGGUCAAAUGUAUGCGAUGAGGAAAUCGAUUUAGCAAUUGAAACUCAAGAGGCAAAUGACGCCGGUCGAGCUCCUAUUCGAGUAUCAAAACAUUACGCCAGAGGCGCUCUUCAAUAUCUAACUCCUGUGUUAGUAGAAAAGCUCACAAAACAGGAUGAAUGUGACGACGAAGAUAACUGGAGCCCACCGAAAGCAGCAUCUGUUUGCCUGAUGCUAUUAGCAACAUGCUGCGAAGAUGAGAUUGUUCCAUAUGUUUUCCCGUUCAUCAAGGAUAACAUAGAGUCGCCAAACUGGCGUUUUCGCGAUGCUGCUGUUAUGACCUUUGGAUCUAUUUUAAGUGGCCUAGAAACCAAUACUCUAAAACCUUUAAUAGAGCAAGCAAUGCCUACACUGAUACAUUUAAUGUAUGACGAAAGUGUAAUCGUUCGGGAUACGACAGCAUGGACCUUUGGCCGGAUAUGUGAUGUAAUUUUUCCAGAGGCAGCGAUAAACCAAAAUUAUUUCCGAUUUAACAACAAAAUAUACAGGCAAAUAAAUGGACUAGGAAUGGGUAACCCAACAUCGGCUAUACUCAUGGAGGUGUUCAUGCAAAGCCUAGAGGAGAAAUAUAUGGAGCAUCUCACAACCAAUUUAGGGGUCAGCUUCUACGCUAGAUAUGUGGACGACAUAAUAUGCAUAAUAACGGGGGACAAAGAGGAGCAGAUAUUAGACUACCUUAAUGAACAACACAAAAAUAUAGCAUUCACGAUGGAUAAGGAAAAGAAAGGAAAACUCAACUAUUUGGAUCUAACUAUUAAAAUAAACAAGACCACCAACAGACUGGAAUACGAGAUGUACAGAAAGCCCACAGCGACCGACACAGUAAUACAUGAAACCUCUAACCACCCACAACAACACAAAAACGCAGCAUUUAGACAAUUAUUAACUAGACUUGAGCGAACCCCGUUAACUAAGGAAGCACACAGGAGAGAGCUAGACACAAUAUAUGCUAUCGCCAGAAACAAUGGAUACAAAAAAGAUCUGGUGGACAAAAUUAGAAAGGACUCGAAACGAAAAAGUUGCUCUCAACUCGAUCGCUGCAAUCUUGUAUUCUAUUAUUCUUGCAUUAAAGCGAAAUUAGUCAACGACGUAGCGUAA